CGCGGCCCGGCCGGAGCGCCAGCCCUGCGCGGGGGAUCGGGCCGCGGCCACGCGCCGGCUUCCCGCCGCCGCCCGCGCCGCGCAACCGCCACCGAACCUUCUGGAAGCGGAGCCCCAGCGGCUGACCCGGAAUCAGCCGCCUGCGCCGGCGCCAGCGGCCUUGGCGGCUCGCGGGGAGGGGGGCGGGGCGGGGCGAGCGCGGGGGCGGGGCGAGCGCGGGGAGGCCGCGUGCGAUUCGCCCCCGGCGCGCAGGCCCCGCCUCUCCGACGCCAUGGCCCCGCCCCCGCCCUCCCCCUCCAUGGCGCCGCCCGGGCUCAUUCAUUCCGCGCCGGGCCUGACGGACACCUGCGUUCGGCUCCCGCCGCCCCAGGCCUCCGCCGCCGCCGCCGCCGCCGCCCCCGCCAGCAUGUCCGGCCCCGACGUCGACACGCCGUCCGCCAUCCAGAUCUGCCGGAUCAUGCGGCCGGACGAUGCCAACGUGGCUGGCAAUGUCCACGGAGGAACCAUCCUGAAGAUGAUUGAGGAGGCGGGAGCCAUCAUCAGCACCCGGCACUGCAACAGCCAGAACGGGGAGCGCUGUGUGGCCGCCCUGGCCCGGGUGGAGCGCACCGACUUCCUGUCGCCCAUGUGCAUUGGCGAGGUGGCGCACGUCAGCGCCGAGAUCACCUACACCUCCAAGCACUCGGUGGAAGUCCAGGUCCACGUGAUGUCGGAAAACAUCCUCACAGGUACCAAAAAGCUGACCAAUAAGGCCACCCUGUGGUACGUGCCCCUGUCUCUGAAGAAUGUGGACAAGGUCCUCGAGGUGCCUCCUGUUGUGUACUCCCGGCAGGAGCAGGAGGAGGAGGGCCGGAAACGGUAUGAAGCCCAGAAGCUGGAGCGCAUGGAGACCAAGUGGAGGAACGGGGACAUUGUCCAGCCUGUCCUUAACCCAGAGCCCAACACGGUGAGCUACAGCCAGUCCAGCCUGAUCCACCUGGUGGGGCCUUCGGACUGCACCCUGCACGGCUUUGUGCACGGAGGUGUCACCAUGAAGCUCAUGGAUGAGGUGGCCGGGAUCGUGGCUGCGCGUCACUGCAAGACCAACAUAGUGACGGCUUCUGUGGAUGCCAUUAAUUUCCAUGACAAGAUCCGGAAAGGCUACGUCAUCACCAUCUCGGGGCGCAUGACCUUCACGAGCAAUAAGUCCAUGGAGAUCGAGGUCCUGGUGGACGCCGACCCUGUGGUGGACAACUCACAGAAACGCUACCGGGCUGCCAGUGCCUUCUUCACCUACGUGUCCCUGAGCCAGGAGGGCAAGCCGCUGCCCGUGCCGCAGCUGGUGCCUGAGACGGAGGAUGAGAAGAAGCGCUUUGAGGAAGGCAAAGGACGGUACCUGCAGAUGAAGGCAAAGCGGCAGGGCCAGACGGAGCCCCAGGCCUAGGCCCCCAGGGCAGCACAGCUGCAGCCAUGGCCCCACAAGUUACCCCCUUGGCCAAACCCCCAAUUCCCAUUGAGAGCUGGUGUGUGAAGUAUCUGUGUGGCAGUGUUAACCCACGCCCAGUCCCCCAAAACCUGUGCACCAAAGCUUUAUUUAUAUCCUUCCAGUAUAAACGCUACCCAGUAUUGUCCUGGGGGCCCCCGGCGCCCCGCAAGGUAUGUAAGGAACCCAGCCCCACUAAUAAAGCUGCUUUCUGGCUGGA